GCAUAUCCGCGGGCGCGCGACCCGCAGUCGAGAUGCGCCCGCCGUUGGGCCCCGUGGCCUUUGUGUUACUUCUCCUCUAUCCUGCUGCCCUGGUACUCUGCUACCACGACGACAGCGGAUACAGAGCGGAGGAACCGCACCUCACUGACACCAUUGACGUAAUAGAUAGCAGCACAGCGCGAUGCCCAACUGACCUGGUGUUGCGGUCGCGGCAGACGUGUCGCGUGGGGGACGCCGACGUACAAUGCGUGAGGCUGCACUGCUGCGAUACACACCAACACGUCGCUGGACGGUGUAUUCCGAAAUCAAUGGAGCCGUGCAGUCUGAACCUGUGUGAGCAAGCAUGCGAAGUGCAGGGAGAGAGUAUGUGGUGUUCCUGCUACCCUGGGUUCCAGUUCAACGCGGAAAGCUAUUCCAAGCAAGAGCAGCCGUAUUGUGUUGAUGUAGACGAGUGUGCGACGAACAACGGUGGGUGUGAACAACGCUGCGUCAAUGAUCCUGGAAGCUUCCACUGCGAAUGCUCACCGCCGCUCUCACUAGCUAGUGAUGGCAAGAAUUGUGUCCCACGGAUACCGCUGGCUAUUGCAGAACCUCUUCCACUUGUGCGCGCCUCCUCUCGAUGCUACGCGCCGUGUGACACUGUGACGUGGUUGACUAGGAAAGUGAGACAGCUGAACGAUCAAUUGCACGCAACCCACGCCGCCUUAAAAAAGUUGUUGGAGCACCCUAUGCUGAAAGAUGACGGUGGCGAAGGCAAUUACGCAUAUAGAGUACUUGACGCAACGGCUCCGUUGGAAGGCGGGUAUUGUCGAUGCGAGCGAGGACCGAGGGGACCACAAGGACCGCCGGGCAUGGAGGGACCCAAAGGUGAUACUGGAGCGAGAGGACCUCGAGGCGCACGUGGUCCUAAAGGAUCCCUCGACUUGAUGCUUCUUAUGCUAGCGGAUGUAAGGCAUGACAUACAGAACAUUGAGGCGCGCGUUUACAAAGACGGAGAAAAGCCGGAACGAUUCAAUCUCCAAAAGGCUUGGCGCCGCCAACGCAAGCAGGAGAAAAUUGACCGGGACAGCAGAACCGAACAGGAGCUAGAAGCGUACACGGCGCCAUCUGUUGCAAGCCCCGUCGAAAUAUCUUCUCGAGGUCGUACGGGAGAAAUACGCCACGAUUCAACAACUGACUGGUCAAUGGUGAAAGGUGACAAUGACCUUGAAGACUUGCCGCUGGGCCUCAUGGACGACAUGAAGGCGCUGGAGAGGCUACGGCAGUACCACGUGACCGGAAACUCCUCCAAGAUUGAUGAUGAGGAGGAAACUGAGAAUGACUACGACUACAGCUUCUACUAGGGGUGCAUAAAAUAAAGUAACUAUUUAAAAAUAUAUUCU